AUGGGCUUCCACUUAAGGUGGGCUUCCUUCAGCGCCGUGGGUCCUGGGUUCGAUUCCCACAUAGAACAAGUAUUGUGUGAACCAGAGAUAAUUGUUCCAGAUCUGGGUUGGUUCCCAAGGAGGUUUGAGGCUUCGACCGCAACCGAGGUCCAGACUUUGUUCGGAUACGAACAAUUUCAAUUCGGAGCGUUCCGAAACGACCUCUAUUCUGUGUCGCGUAACGUUCAAAAUUUUCGGCUCACCCGCAAUGGACUCCGGGUGUUGGCUGAUGGAAAUGGGGAGCGCCGGCAAUGGUCCGUGUCGAAGGCCAUUGUCAUUCAAUCGCGCCAUUGUGGUCUUUGUGCAGUUCUGGUGCCGGCGGCGGUCAUUCGACAUGGCGGGGGGAUAGCCUUAUGUUCGCGCUACGGUUUAUGCGACGGGUGGGAAGAGAAAGCAGAUGUGGCCGGCAGGUUUAAU